UAACAUCACAUCACCAACCACCAAUUAACUACUGCCAUUCUUUUUAUUUCUCUAUAUAUCAUCACUUUUUCACUUUCUUUCGUUUUAUACUUCUCUUCUUCUUCUUCUUCUUCAACCCGUGAUUCCAACUUCUCCUUCUCUCUUUUCUCUUUUCUUUUCACCUCUUUCUUUCUCAUGGCUUCCCUCUCACGGGGUCUUGUUCUCACCUCUGCCAUGCUUCUCUCAACCACUCUCCUCUACGUUGCUUUCUCCAGGCAAAAAUCCAACCUUUCUUUUCGGAUUCAUCACUCCAACAAACCCACCUUGCGUUCUUGCUUGUAUUCGGAGGAAAAGAAACGGGAGAGAAAGAAGACGAAGAAGAAAGUGAAAUUUGCAGAUAGUGUGAAGAAGGAAGGGAGAGAAAGAAAAGACGAAAACAGAGUAUCGAAAAACUGCAGGGACGAAUCCUCAGAUUGUGUCGGAAUGCCGGCUAACAGAAUCGCUUUGUAUAACGGGAUUUUGAGGGAGCGAGUGCACAGAACGGAGUGUUCUUAUUGAUACUAACACAUGAUUUUCUUCAAAGAUCGAUCAAACCCUGUACUUGUAUUGUACAUUUGUGUAAGGAAUUUGAAGAACGCACAAAAUCUAUCUUUGUGUCUCUGUCUGUCUCUCUCUCUUCCUCUGUUCUGUCUCUGUCGAUCACACUUCAAAUUUUCAAAUAUAAUUUUGUGGUGAGGAGGGGUUAAUUCAAUGUAGAAAUUAAAAGAAUAUAAAAUCUGGGAUAUUCUUUUCUUGUGGUUGUAAAUUGAUGCCUACAGGAGUUUGUCCCAUUGUUAUGUACGAAUUCUUAGGCGAAGUUUUGUUUUUUCUUUUACGAAAUAAUACACUUCCAUCCACUUGAAUGAA